AUGGAUGAGAAUCCCUGUGCCGAUCUGAUCGAUCACUCGCAUGUUCCAGAUUUUGAGGUACGGCUGGCUGUGAAGAUCUCCCUCACCGUCCUGUAUGGAAUUAUUCUGCUUGCCGGGAUCAUUGGGAACAGCGCCACAAUCCGGACCACCAAGGUUCUGAGGGACAAAGGCUACCUGCAGAAAGGAGUCACCGAUCACAUGAUCAGUCUGGCCUGUUCGGACCUGCUGGUCAUUCUCCUGGGAAUGCCGGUGGAGCUCUAUUCCGUCAUCUGGUUUCCCUUUUCCUCCACCUACGGGAAUGUGACCUGUAAGAUUUAUUCCUUCAUGUUUGAGGCGUGCAGCUACGCCACCAUCUUCCACGUGGCUACACUAAGCUUCGAGAGGUACCUGGCCAUCUGCCACCCUUUCCGCUUCAAGCUGGUUUCCGGCACCCGGGCUGUCAAGCUGAUGAUUUGCUUUGCUUGGCUGACCUCGGUCUGCGUGGCAUUACCAUUGAUAUUUGCCAUGGGGGCAGAGUACCCGCUGAGGCCGGUGUCGGGCCGGCGUUCUCAGUGUAACGUCUCCGCCUCUUACCAUCUGACCGCCAACGUCACGCUUUGCAGCAACCUUCAUUCCAAGUGGACGGCGUUCCAGGCCAGCAUCUUCACCGCCUUCGUGGUCUACAUUGUGGUCCUCACCUCUGUGGCUUUUAUGUGCCGGAAGAUGAUGGUGACUCUGAUGGUGGCCAAGAAAGGAACCGUCACAGUGAAGGGUCCGCCCGGAACCACCACCACCAAUCAAAUGACCAAAACAAACAGCGCGGAGGCCCAAUCAGCGAGGAAGCAGACUAUUCUUUUCUUGGGUAAGUCGUUUCAUUAUAACUUCUGUAGAAAGACAUAUGAAGGGGAAGAGGACACUGCGGGCCGGUGGGGGAGAGGACACUGCAGGCCGGUGGGGAAGAGGACACUGCGGCCCGGUGGGGAAGAGGACACUGCGGGCCGGUGGGGAAGAGGACACUGCGGCCCGGUGGGGGAGAGGACACUGCGGCCCGGUGGGGGAGAGGACACUGCGGGCCG